AUGGCUGCCCUAUCUGCCUCGGAACUGCAAGAACGGAAAAAGAUGAAGAAGCGGAAUGCAUCGACUGCAGGUCUCUCAACCAACCCAAAUCGGAUUGUAAAGAGACGUGCCUCCAAAGCGUGUCAGUGUUGCCGCGCACGCAAAGUACGAUGCAACGUUGUUGAACAUGGCGCACCCUGCACCAAUUGCAGGUUGGAUGAAGUUGAAUGUAUUGUGGCCGAGAGUAAACGCCGCAAGAAGUUUUGGGAUAAGUCGGAGGCGAAACCCACCAGUUCCCCAGAGGGGUCAGUAAAUGGAUCAUUUCGAAGUGCUUCUGAAUCGUUUCCCGUAUGCAUGGAAGCUAGUAGUGUCUCUCCUCGCUCAUCGACACAUAUGUCUUUUGAUACCGAUCGAAACCAGGGCCAGCAUGUACCUCAUCUGCUAUAUCAGACUCGACAGCAACGGCUGAGCCUGCAAGAACAAAAUCUAGAAAUUCCGAUGAAUGGUCCAGUGACAUCUUCAGGAUCAGUUCCUCGUGCAACGUCAUUUGCCGCUCCUGAUCCCGUUUUUGAGGAUGUUUUCGGCCCGCAGCUACAGUUUACUAGCCCUCCCUCUGGAUCUUCCCUACCCAAUUACAUCAAACCGUUUCCGCCAAGAGUGGAUGCGGAUGAUAUUCAGUAUCUGCAAACCAAGGGAGCCCUCGUCAUCCCUGACACGCCGUUGCGCGAUGCGCUUCUGAGAAGUUAUUUCGAAUACGUCCAUGGAUAUAUGCCAUUGCUCGAUAUUCACGAGUUUCUCGGUGCUUUGGAUCCGGCUGGAUUUCAGGGGAAAUCUAAGCUUAGCCUCCUUCUAUUCCAAGCAGUGAUGUUUGCUGGUACCGCAUUUGUAGACAUGGAUUUUCUGCUUGCGGCAGGAUUUUCGUCACGAAAAGCUGCAAGGAAAUCAUUCUUCCAGAGAGCAAGGCUACUGUACGAUUUCGAUUACGAGACGGACCGAUUACCUCUCACUCAAGCUCUACUUCUCAUGACCUACUGGUAUGAGACGCCGGAUGACCAAAAGGACACUUGGCAUUGGAUGGGCUUGGCAAUUUCCAUGUCCCAUACCCUUGGGUUGCACCGCAAUCAUACCCGAUCAAAAUUGGACCCUAAAAAGAAAAGCCUCUACAAGAGAAUAUGGUGGUCCUGCUUUAUGAGAGAUCGUUUAGUUGCAAUUGGUAUGAGACGGCCUACGCGGAUAAAGCACGAUGAUUACGAUGUAUCGAUGCUCUCGCUCGACGAUUUCAAUUUUGCACCUCUCCCUACCUGGUUUUGCCAGGCCGCACCAGAGUGCUCUCUCGCGGUGGAUACGGAGAAGCAGCGACAGCUUGCCACAAUGUGCAUUGAAAAGGCAAAGCUGUGUCUCUGCAUCAGUCAUGUCCUUGGAACGCAAUACUCUGUAUUGAAUGGACACCAAUCUGUACAAUAUGAAUCUGGAACUUCCAGAUCGACAAUCAUGCUAUUCCCCAAGAAACUUGAUCCGGAAACGCAGGAGGUUCGCGUCUGUGACAUGGAACUCAAGGGCUGGCAAAAGAAUUUGCCCGAGGCUGCCAAGUACCGAUCGCCAGCUGUGGAUUACCUACCUCCUGGAGAACGCCCUCUGGUACUGCAUCGCGCGCUUCUACAUAUGAUUUAUUAUACUACUGUAAGUGCGCUGCACCGGCCUCAAGUUCUCCCAUCGGGACCCUCUGGGGCUCCGACACGACCGGAAGUUUCUCGGUUUCAAGACGAUUCCCGGAGAAAGGUUCGAAUGUCGGCAACGGAGAUUACUCGAGUCGCUGGCGAACUUUAUGCACUGGACCUUGUACGAUACUUGCCCACCACUGGAGUUACAGUCCUGCUACCUGCGGUGAUUAUACAUCUUCUUGAUAUCAAAUCCUUGGACGAACCGACUCGGCGCGUAAGCUUGCAAGGCUUCUACCAGUGCAUGCAGGUCCUGCGCCAACUUCGAGAUAAUUAUGCAGCUGCGGAAUUUUCUACAAUGUUCCUUGAGGCCGCCGUUCGAAAGGCCGAUAUCCAGCUAGCGCCUGGAUCAGGUAGUUCACAGAAGCUAUCGCAACGUGCAAAUUUGGGGAAGCUAGUCAAGGCUGGGAAAACGGCAAUAUCGGUUGCUUCCCAGGCGGCGAAUCUUACUCUUACGCCGCCUCCAGAAGUAUCUAAUGGUGUUUCGGACCGCGUUGAUCCUGAGUCUGUUUCAGCUUUUGCGUCGGAUGCGGAACAGCAUGCCACCCACGAUAGUAUGGCGGGAGAGGUUGAAUUUGUUCUCUCGUCCACUCCUCCGUCAUCCGAGCACUUGGACAAUGAGCGCCUGUCGGGUGAGAAGCCGACUUUUCAGCCUCGUUUUGAUAACUGUUUAGCUGGUUCCGAGUUCACUCCCGCGCCACUCAUGGCGAAUACGGCCACGUUGUUCGAUAAUGAAGUGGAUGGAGAUUUUGAAUCACUUCUUGACCUUGAUCAUGGAACUAAUUCCUUGUUUCACGGCACCGAUUCCUCUGCUAUACACGGCGAGAGCAGUGGAUUUACAUUUGACAUGGAUUGGAUGAACGAUAUUCAACCAAAUUCGACUGAUGGUUUUGACGGCAUUGUGCUUGCCGUUUAG